CAAAAGCCUCCACAUUGGCUCCGAGGUUUCCUUUCUCCGGAGCCUCAGACCCUCUCUCUCUUCCGGAUUGUUAAAAUAGCAGGGUUGGCCUGUACUUCAUCUGGCCCCAGCCAAAGAGAGCCAGUGAAACCGUUAAGCCGCUAGACGACCAUGGCCUUGAGACCUGAGGACACCAGUAGUGGGUUUCGGCAUGGCAGCGUAGUGGCAUUCAUCAACGAAAAGAUGGCCAGGCACACGAAAGGCCCCGAGUUCUACCUCGAGAAUAUAUCCUUAUCCUGGGAGAAGGUGGAAGACAAGCUCAGGGCCAUCCUGGAGAACAGCGAGGUGCACAGCGAGGUCAAAGAGGCCUGCACUUGGGGCACCCUGGCCUUGGCAGUGCGCUUUGCCCACAGGCAGGCACAGUUACAAGGGCACAAGGUGCAGUGGCUACACAGUUUUGCCAAACAGCGCAAAUCAGCCACACAGGACUUGGUGUCAGACCUGAAGAAGCUCAGGGCGCAGGAGGAGAAAGAAUGCAAGGAGGUGGCCUCCCAGCUAAGAAUGGCCCAAUCCAGGCUCCUGGAGGUGCAGAAAGAGCAAGACAUGCUGAUUCAGAAGCUCCUCCAUGCAGGCCUGGCAUCUCCCCAUGAGUGGGAGCAGGUGGCAGGGGGGCCAGGCCUGGCCACUGCCAGAGGGGUGUGCACUGAAGGAGCAGGUGAGGAAGAAGAAGAGGUGGUGGUGGCUGCUGCUGAUGCCUCUGGAGGAAAAGGAAAAGAAGAAAAGCAGAGGGAUGUGGAGGCUGUGACUGCCCCUGUGGAGGCUAGGUCCCCCCCUAUGGAGGCUAUGGCUGCUCCCAUGGAGGCUGGGGCUCCCCCUGUGGAGGUUGAGGCUACUUCUGUGGAGGUUGGGGCUUCCCCUGUGGAGGUUGGGGCUUCCCCCGUGGAGGCUGGGGCUUCCCCCAUGGAGACCACACAGGAGCUAGAGAGAAUCAUCCUGCAGCUCCUUGGAGAUGAUGAGCAGGAAAGUUACACCUGCUGGGGGAAGACUGAGGGAAAUCUUAGGUCCAGUGAAACAGCCACGUCUUAUUUCUCUGAAACCAUGAAGCCCAGUUCCACAGCCUUAACAGAACCUCUUACUGUCCAGCUCCCUGCCUCAUUCACAUACUCAUACUCAAGCCCUUUGUCCACCUCCUCCUCAGCCAUAUCCACUAUAUCCCCUCCAUCAGUAACAGCACCUGUUCCACCUCAGAUGCCUAAGUGGGGGCCCUUUGAUUUUAGCCUGUGGUCUGAUGUGGGGGGCUACAGCCUAGACCCACAAGAGCACCCACAAGACAAGAAAGACUCCGAACUCCAUCAGCAAAGACGACUUCCAGUAUAUCGCAGGCCUGGGGACUGGGACUGCCCUUGGUGUAAAGCUGUGAAUUUUUCACGGAGGGAUACUUGCUUCAACUGUGGGAGGGGAAUCUGGCUGCAAAAUCCCCAGUGAGUGCAGAAAUGCAAAAUAGAACCGAAGCAUG